AUGGCUCGAUGUCGGGACGGCACCGUGAGCCGCUGUAGCUGCUUUUGCUGGCUCAUCUGCCUCAAGGAGACUCAUUUCUCCAGCACAAAGAUCAAUGAAUGUUCCCAAGUCCCCCAGCCCUGCGGCCCGAAUACCUACUGCCUUAACCAUCAGAGAAGUUUUUCCUGCAUGUGUGAACCUGGCUACAGAUCUUCCAAAGGAGACUCCUGGCUGCCCGGCAGCGUCGCCCCUCUGAACUGCUCAGAUAUAGAUGAAUGUUCUCCGGUCCCUUCAGUCUGCGACCUUCACAGCUCCUGUGUCAACACCGUGGGGAGUUACAGCUGCCAGUGCCAACCAGGCUAUUCUUCCCCUGGGGGGAACUCCUGGAAACCUGAUGACAGCCACAGCUUGAACUGCACAGAUAUUGAUGAAUGUUCUCAAAACUCAUCGAUCUGUGGCCUUCACAGCUCCUGUGUCAACACCCUGGGGAAUUACAGCUGCCAGUGCAAAGCAGGCCAUUCUUCCCCUGGGGGGAACUCCUGGAAACCUGGAGACAACCACACCUUGAACUGCACAGAUAUUGAUGAAUGUUCUCAAAACUCAUCGAUCUGUGGCCUUCACAGCUCCUGUGUCAACACCCUGGGGAAUUACAGCUGCCAGUGCAAAGCAGGCCAUUCUUCCCCUGGGGGGAACUCCUGGAAACCUGGAGACAACCACACCUUGAACUGCACAGAUAUUGAUGAAUGUUCUCAAAACUCAUCGAUCUGUGGCCUUCACAGCUCCUGUGUCAACACCCUGGGGAAUUACAGCUGCCAGUGCAAAGCAGGCCAUUCUUCCCCUGGGGGGAACUCCUGGAAACCUGGAGACAACCACACCUUGAACUGCACAGAUAUUGAUGAAUGUUCUCAGAACUCAUCGAUCUGUGUCCUUGGAAGCUUCUGCGUCAACACCGCGGGGAGUUACAGCUGCCGGUGCCAUCUAGGCUAUUCUUCUCCCGGGGGGAACUCCUGGAAACCUGAUGACAGCCACACCUUGAACUGCACAGAAAACAUCCGUGACCAGUUCAAGAAUCUGACAGGAGUCAAUUUAGAAAGCCGGUGUAACACCAGCCAGAACGGAAUCCAGGAAAGCAAGAAAUUUUGCUCUUUCAUGAAAGAUAUCCGAGAGAGAUGGUCUUCUGCAUUAGGAAAUGGAAGCAACCCAGUACCACUGCAGAAUGCCACUGCCUCUUUCGAUUCAUUUGUCGGGGACAUUAGUGAAUUGCCACCCAAGGAGAAGGUCUUGGCUGCCACCGUUUUUCUGAAGAGCGUGGAAUCGGUCGCCUUUGAAGCUGCUCUGAGAAGCCCCAUGAACCAGAUAAAGCCCAUCAGAACUGGGAUGAUGACCAUCGCAGCCAAGGCCGUUAAGGAUAACUGCAGCAGUCAAGGGGAGAGUAUCUCACUGAAUGCAAAAAACGAAUGGAUGGCCAUUGACUGCACCACGGUCGUCGGCUCCGAUCGCUCAGGCACUGGAGCCGUCGUCUUCAUAGUGUACGACCAGCUGGAGUCCGUCCUAAAGGACAGUGUCAGCGAUCAAAGCCUGACAGGUGCUGAGAGACUGAACGAAGUUACCCUGAAUUCCAACGUAGUGAGUGCGACCAUAGGGAAAAGCAGAAACCUCUCCAGACCUUUCAACUUCACCUUGGAGCAUAAAGAGACAACGGAUAAUGAAGAGAAGAGCAUCUGUGUUUUCUGGGAUGUCGCUGGCGACAAAGGCAACUGGUCCAAAGAGGGCUGUGAGCUGCUCACUGCAAACAGCACACACACCACCUGCACCUGUGACCACAUGUCCAUCUUUUCCAUCCUGGUGGACAGGAACGCCAGUCAGCAGGAAGAUGGUGCCCUGAGCAUCAUCACCCACGUGGGCCUGUCCAUCUCCCUGCUGUGCCUCUUCCUCGCCAUCCUCACCUUCCUCCUGUGCCGCUCCCUCUGGAACGUCAGCACCUCCCUCCACCUGCAGCUCUGCCUCUGCCUCUUCAUGGCCAACCUGCUUUUCCUCACCGGGAUGGACAAAGCCAAGGAUAAGAUGGGCUGUGCGGUCAUUGCUGGCUUGCUACACUACCUCUUCCUGGCCUGCUUCACCUGGAUGUUCCUGGAGGGGCUGCACCUCUUCCUCACUGUCAGGAACCUGAAGGUGGUGAAUUACACCAGUGCCAGCCGGUUCAAGAAGAGAUACAUGUACCCGUUCGGCUACGGAUUCCCAGCUCUGAUCGUGGCUAUUUCUGCUGCAGUGAAUUCUGAUGGCUAUGGAAGUACUAAACAUUGCUGGCUUGAAACAGAUAAUGGCUUUCUGUGGAGUUUUCUUGGACCGGUCUGCCUUAUUAUUUUGAUGAAUUGUACAUUUUUUAUCACAACCCUCUGGAUCCUGAGAGACAAAAUCUGCUCCCUCAAUUCGGACGUGUCUACCGUCAAAAACACAAGGUUGCUGACAUUUAAAGCAGUUGCCCAGCUUUUCAUCCUGGGCUGCACUUGGAGUUUUGGGCUCCUACCUGGCAAGGUCAUGGCGUAUUUAUUCACCAUUGUCAACAGCCUGCAGGGAGCCUUCAUUUUCCUGGUGCACUGUCUCCUCAAUCGCCAGGUGAGAGCAGAGUACAAGAGAUGGAUUCAAAGGAUUGAAAAACCCAGCACCAGAACUACGACAUUUGAGAUCUCGAUGUCAGCUGCCCCCCUUAACACUGGAAUUGUGGAAAGGGAUAAGUCCUCCUGAAAAGUGGAGAUGCCUAUUGCAUGUGGGGUGAAAAUCAAGUCUUGCUCCAACACGAGUGUCCCAAGUCGCCUCCUUUGCUGGAAGAGGAAGCUGCUGAUCUUCAGUGUCCUCUGAUAGCUGCUACUCUAUGGCUUCUCCUUGUAUGGGAGUAGGGGAAGGCUGAAUCUCGUGCAUUUUUCCAUUUUAUUGCUUCCCCCAAGUGGUUGCAGUCUCCUUGCUAAAGUCUCGAAGGAGGGGCUGGCUGCUCCAGUUGAAGUCAGUUGGAGUUUUCCCAGCUGUGCUCCCACUCCCACUGAAGUCAAAGAAUCAGCAAAUCCUUCCAGUUAAUAAAAGGUGGAAAAAAUGACAUCAUUUCCCAGCCUUCUCCAGACCCUAGAACUUAGACCAACUUCUCAUCUCAGUCCAGACUGAUACCAAUCCAGAAUUAAUGAAAUCAGUGGAGUUACUCCGGAUUCACACCCGUAUAGCUAUUCCCCAUAGAGUCGCCUACCUGCCAAGCACCAGCUCCUGCCCUCAACCGCCCAUGUAAUAUGUAACCAAUAACAUUUUCUAUGGUUAUAUGUUACAAAAAUAAAUGUAUUUUAACAUCUGUAAUACUUUAAUAAUCAUCCCGUGUAGCCGGACAGAAUGCCUCCCUUCCCCUCCUUCUUCUGACAUCCUUGGGAGAGAGAAUC